GUUACCCAACAGUUCAAAAUGAAUAAUAUUCGUAAUUUUAACAAGUUAUGUAAAUCGAGGCGAGCAUCGCCCCGUGCAACCAAAUCUGCAGAAUAAAAACAGAUAUAAGUUGGUAAAACAAUACCGGUUAUUAUUAUUCACGCGGCCGAUAAAGAGGUUACUGUUAUUAUUUAAAAGUAUUUAUAGUCAUUCUGCGGGUCACAGCCGGUGCGAGCGGUGACAUGAAGCUGCUGUUUUUAUUAUUUAUUGCGCAAGUAUUUUCGGUGCAGUGUCUUCUGCACCGAUAUCCAAAGCUGAAUCUUGGUGAACGUGAUGGAGGAGACGCCGGGGAGCCUCUGUUCCUCACGCCUUAUGUGGAGAGUGGUAACAUUACCGAAGGUAGGCGCCUCGCUCGAGUCCCCUUUACGGAGAGUCUCAGGAUCAAGAGUUAUGCUGGAUUUUUCACCGUAAACAAGACCUAUGAUUCCAAUCAGUUCUUUUGGUACUUCCCUGCAAUGGUUCCUAACAACAAAGACUCGCCAGUAAUCCUGUGGCUUCAGGGAGGACCGGGCGCUUCGUCCCUCUACGGAUUGUUCACCGAAAAUGGACCUCUAAGGGUGCGGAACAACAAACUUGAAAGGAGGAAGUAUAACUGGGCUUUGAGUCAUCAUUUAAUUUUCAUUGACAAUCCGGUUGGCACAGGGUUCAGUUUCACCAAAGACCCCAAAGGUUAUUGUACCAACGAGGCGCAAGUAGGCGAACAAUUGUACUCAACUUUGACUCAGUUCUUCCAACUGUUCCCGGAAUUGAGAUCAAAUAAGUUCUUUGUCACUGGAGAAUCUUACGGAGGGAAGUAUGUACCAGCUCUCGCUUACACCAUUCACAAAAAGAAUCCAUCAGCAAGUGUGAAAAUUAACAUGAAAGGCAUUGCUAUUGGAAACGGUUUGAGUGAUCCGGAACAUCAGCUAGUCUACGGUAAAUAUUUGUACCAGCUCGGCCUCAUAGAUUGGAAUCAAGCUAAAGUCUUCCAGAAGUACGAAAACCAAACUAUUGAGUACAUCAAACAACAGAAAUGGGAGCAGGCAUUUGACACUUUUGAUUUACUUUUAAAUGGAGACAAAAUUGAAGGCAAGAGUUUGUUUUCAAACAUGACUGGCUUUGAUUUCUACUUCAAUUUCCUCCACACUAAAGACUACACAUCGUUUGAAGACUUUGGGCCGAUGCUGCAGAAGAGUUCGUUCAGAAAAGGCAUACAUGUUGGAGACUUGCCUUUCCACAAUGGCUCUAUAGUUGAAACACACUUAAAACAAGAUGUUAUGAAGUCUGUGGCUCCAUUGGUAUCCGAGUUAUUGGAUCAUUAUUACAUUGUGGUCUACAGUGGUCAGUUGGACAUCAUUGUUGCCUAUCCAUUAACCCUGAACUAUCUAAGGCACCUCAAUUUCACUGGAGCAGAGGAGUACAGAUCUGCAAAACGGUACAUCUGGAAGGUGGAUAAUGAAGUGGCAGGGUAUGUAAAGCAGGGGGGGAAACUAGUGGAGAUUAUGGUUAGGAAUGCGGGCCACAUGGUGCCUGGAGACCAGCCUAAAUGGGCACUAGAUCUGAUCACCAGAUUUACACAUGAAAAGACAUUUUAUAAUCCUAAACAUGUAAGUCAUAAGGAUAAAGGUGGAAACUAGGUGCCAAAAAUCUAUGUUAGGUGAACAAGUUCAAAAGCAAUUUGGUGCAUUAGUUAUCAUAAAUUUAAAACGAAACUUGAUGUAGUUACCAUGUUUUUUUGGUUUAAAAUAUUUCUCAGUGGGAAACAAUUUUUUCUCUUAUAAGUACUGGUUUUUAUCAAUAAUUACUCUUAUAUAUUACUCAGUUUCUGAUAUUCGUAGUUUAUUUUUAAUUAUCUAUUGUUGUAAAUCAUUUAAACACAGUUCAAAGAUAAAUAUGCAUUAUUGUGAAGUUGUGGUACCACAAUAUGGUCCGUUAAUUACUUAAUGAUAAAAAUACCAGAAACUAGGUAUCAAUAAGUGUGAUUUGAAAUAGGGUUAAUAAAAACAAAUAUCUUUUAUUCCAGUUUUAUAUCUUUUUAUUGUAGUGUUUUAAAAUUGUUUCUCAUAUAAGUAAAUAAGUGUUAUUUGUCAGAAUGGGUUACCUAUAAUUUGGUGAUGGCUGUGAGAAAUACAAAUAGAUAACAUAUUUUUAAUUUUUAUUGUAUUUAUAGAAAAGUUCAAUUUCACAUAUCAAUUUUUUUAUUGAUAAAUUUGUAAUAAUUAUCAUAUGGACAUCUUAAUAAGCAUGUAUAUUACAUCCUAUAUUUAUAAACUCUCCUAUUGUAAUAAAUUGUUCAAAACGUU